AUCGCACCCGUCAAAAUGACCGCUGACGCGAAACUUUGUGUUUCCUUGAUCUGCCUUUACUUCUUCAACGUCGGACCUGCACCGCUUAAAGUGAAUUACUCCAGCCCAUUCGCAAACGCCGUUUCGUUAGAAAUUUUGCCAAGCGGUGACGUACUCACAAAAUCUAUUGGAUCGAGUAUACUCUUGACAUGCAAACCGAGCGUCACGGAUGCCCAAUUGAUCAGCAAGAUUCAAUGGUUGGAUCCCCAGGGACGAGUCAUCGAACCUCUAACAUUAAGCGUCAGGCCGGUGGGAAGUGUUCAGGGCAACUCUAAGCCUAUGAUGUACACGGAAAUGCAUCAGGGUAACGGACUAGCGCUCUUCUUCAAUUCGCUUCAAGAAGAUCAGGCUGGAACAUACUCGUGCUCAGCGAUGUACGCCAACACCGAGCCUCUGACCAAGAACGUCACGAUUGAAACAAUCAUCGCGAUAACCUGGGACGACGCUCCGCCCAAUCAAUAUCCAAUUCUCGGUGAGGACUUCCCGAUAAAAUGCAAAGUACGAGCCAGGCCGUCACCUUCGGUCGAUUGGCUUUACAACGGCGAAUUGAUAACGACCAACGAUCAUUACGUCAUCGAAACUCAUUCGUUGAAGAUAAAGAACGUUCAAGAAUCCGACGACGGUAUUUACACCUGCAGAGCAUCCGUGAUGACGACCGGUCAACUCGAAGAACGAGCGAUACGAGUCGAGGUUCACGUGAGGCCGGUUAUAGAGGGACUUGAAUCAGGGGUUGAAAUAAUCGAGGGAGAAAACGCGAACAUCGUCUGCAAAGCGACCGGUAAACCACCACCGAAAUUCACGUGGGUCAAGUCACUGGAGCAGCGAAACUUGGCGAGUGCCGAUAGGUUCAGCGUCGACGAGGACACGGGAAUCUUGACGAUAACGAACGCCAAUAGAGACGACGCUGGGGAAUAUCAGUGCACAGCGACUAACGCCGCUGGUACGGCGAGCGAUGUUAUUUUGGUAGCUGUAGUCGUUAAACCGAAAAUAAUGGAAUUCAGAAACUCUACAUCCGUGGUGGAAAAGAGCGCCACUCUGACUUGCAUGGCUUACGGAAGACCCCCGCCAAUUGUUACGUUCAGAAAACACACGUCGGACACUCCUUACGUAAUCGCUGUACAACCGAACGACGACAGAAUCACACUUGCGAAUGACAGAAACGAUCCGUCCGGGGAAACUACCGCGGUGUUGACUAUAGAAAAUUUACUGAGAUCCGACGACGGACUCUACGAAUGUAUCGCUCAGAACAAGGGAGGCGAAGCUUUUAAAACUGGACAUUUGACGGUAGAAUUUCCGCCUAGUUUUGCUACAAUGAAAAACUUGACCAUUUGGUCGUGGGAUCAGAGACCGGUUAACCUGACCUGCAUCGCCGAGAGUAUACCGAACGCUACCAUACGGUGGCAACACAAUGGAUUCGAAAUCGACAAUGAUCCACAAAUCACGAAAAUUGGUAACGGACCAAUUUCAACUCUUACCGUUUUACCAUUGGACAAAAGGUACUAUUCAAACUACAAGUGCAUCGCUUCGAAUAUUCACGGUACACGGGAUUACCACAUCAUACUCAGAGAAGCUUACAAACCGAGGGAGUUGUCGAAGGCUCGUAUUGCCGCGAUCACUGCGACCAGUGUUACCUUUGAUCUUGAACCACCAGUCGUUCAACCAGGGCUUCCGGUUAGGACGAUCACCGUGCAGUACAGACAAACCGAUCAUACUUGGGCCACUGCCAAGAACAAAACAUGGGCAAUAGACUCGCCCUACAUUCUGGAGGGUCUUACACCCGAGACGAUCUACGAUUUUCGGUUUAGCGCGCGUAACGAUGUCGGCGAUGGUAACUGGGGUAAUAAUCUCCACGAGUCAACGCCUAGAAGAUCUUUCCCUAACGAGCCAAAAAUUUUAUCGAAACUCAGCCCUGGAUCCGACUACGAAGUAUCUCAGUACAGUAAUCAGUUCGAACUGAGGUGGUUGAUACCGGUUGACAAUGGCGAACCAAUCGAUUUGUACCAAAUCAAAUACUGCCCGAUAAGCAGGGUUCGCGGUACAUGGCAGGCGGAGUCGGGUAGCUGUAUAGUCGAGGAAGUGAGGAGCCAGAUCAGGUCGAAUUAUUGGCUGAAAAAUCUGAAGGCCGACACAUUUUACAGGGUCGAAGUCAGGGCGCACAACGCCAUCGAAUACGGUCCCCCCGGAACGGCUCAAUUCAAGACAGCUAGAGAAUCAGAUGCGACACCAGACUACUCGAUAAUAUCCGGCGGAGAUUCUACCAAGCUCGCGAUGUGCGCCUUAACGUUCGCCCUAACGUUAACUCUAUCUCUGGUUUUGUAAAAAGAACAAGACAAAAAAAAAAAGAAAAAACAAAUGAAAACGAAUCUUAACGCAGGCUGUAGAGAUUUCUCUUUUCCACCGAUAUGCAUUUUUUCUAAGUCCUCCCUCCCCCGGCACGGUGUAAUACAAAUUGUUGUUCGUUUAAAGUCUUUGUGAAUUUAUACCUUUUCCAAAAUUACAUGAACAGAAAUGAUUUGCCGGUCGCUAGGUGUCUCCAGGAUGAUAAAUGUAUAUUUUCACGGCAAAGGAACGUGAAAUACCAAUUGAAUGAUUUCUCAAUUGGAGUAAUUAGAGUCAGGAACAAGCAAUGAUACACAUAUAAUACACCUGCUGACACCUAGCGUCACAGUAUUCUGCGAAGCAAAGCUAAGUAAGACUUAAUCGGUCUUUCGAUUUGCCCUGAAUGAAAAGAAGGAAGGUUGAAUGUCGAUAUGCAGAGAUAUUAAAGAAAAAUCAAAAGGAAGAGAAAACAACAUCUCAUACAAAAAUACAAAACUUAAACGAAACAUAUAGAUUAGAUUUGAGGGUCAUGAGAAUAAGAGGGUGCAUUAAUAAUUAUUAACUUAGGAUGUUGUAGGGCGGAAACAUACAUUCCGGAGUCAUCGUCAAGUAAUUAUUAAUAUUAAUAAAGCGUUAAGAUAUUUAUUGUUGAAUGCUGAUCAUUUUUUUCCUUGGUUCUUUUUUUUCUUUAUUUCCUUGGGGGAGUAAAAACGUGCUGGUACGUUUACGUCACAUACCAAUCUCAUUGUCAUGUAAAUGAAAAUAAAAUCAUUGGAUCGCGUUUUACGUUAAAUUUUUCAAAAGUAAAUUCAAAGAUUUCUGAAAAUUUAUCGCUAUUCAAAACUAUGCAGGGGAUCGAUAUCAACGUUAGGUUCUUUUUAGUUUAUUUUUUUUUCCCUCAUGGUUAAUUUUUGAUUUUUCAAUUAUUUUGAUUUUUUUGAUUUUUUGUUUUUCUCCUGUGAGUUGAUUGCGAUAUAAAUUACACGUGUCGGUAACUUUGCGUGCUAUCAAAGAGAAGUUCUUCAAGCGGCGUGUUACCAGGUGAUUCCAUGACGACGUUCGUUGGUUGAUCGCAAAGUUUCACCUGGUGCCACGACGAAAAGAACUGAUCAGUUGAGGUUUUUAUGUAUUCGAAGUAUUGGGCAACUUUAUACAUAAAUUCCCAGUUGCUUUUGCGCGUCUAUACUUGAUAGUAUUAUACUCUAUAAUAAUUUGGUGCGUAUAUACUUUUAACUUUUAAUUAUAUGAAAACAAAGUUAAUAACUGCCUUAAGAUUGCCAAAUGCCUAUCGUAUAAAUUGGCUGUACAUGCAUAUAUGAUAAAUUGUAUUGAAAGUAUACUUAUAAUAGAAAUUUAUACUAAAGGAAUCAUAUAAAUUAUAUGACGUAUUAUUAUUAUUUCUCUCGUUAGACUCAAUUUCUUUUCGUCAUCUGAAUUGUGUAUCGCGAAUCUCAGAGUCGAUUAUACUGUUGAACAUUCUUUUCGUUAUCUUUUUUUUUCACGAUAAUAAUAAUUAUUAAUAUUAUUUCCCUCUCAAUUUAUUCUCAUACCAACUGAUUGUUGAAAGAGAUAUUUUUAGAUGAUCAUACUCAUAAAAAUUUUGCGGUUGUAUUGAAAAGAAAAAAAAAAAAGAAAAAAAAUACAGAAAGUAUUUGAAAUAAUUGAAAAUUUGUUUUGCAAUGAACUUUCAUUAUUCGGUGUUGCAUGAUCUGUAUUAGAGAUAAAUAGAUAUGUAUAUAAAUGCACACAUACAGUAAGGAAAACUCAUAACUCAACUUGGUAUGCUUUCAGAAUGGCAUAUAUGUAUUUUUUUUUCUUUUUUUUUUUUAAAUACAAAAUCCGUUUUUAUCAAAUCAAACAAUGAUGAAAAAAAUGCUGUAUCAAAUGGGACAUUACUUAUUUUUUUUUUACUUUCAUUGCAAAAAUUACUAAAAUUUAUCUUCUUAUCAUAUCAUGUAUGUAUGUAUGAACGUAUGUAUAAGGCUAUCGUCUGUGCGAUUUGAUAUGUUUGAACCAAAGAAUCGCUUGAUUUUCGUUAUUAAUUUUUGUGUCUUAUUCCUUUUUUUGCACUCGAACGUCACAAUUGACGUCCGAUUCUAUUAUUCCCGUAAACGAAGUAUCAUACAAUAGUUGAAUAAAUGUUAAAUAUCUAGAGUAUCAGAAUGAAAGAUUGAAAAAGGCAGAGAGGAACAAACGUCAUAAAUAACUGUGCAAAAGGUUUAUACACCUAAUCUAGUACAGACGAGAGCCAUUAUCCGUUAUAUAAUUAUUGUAGUUGGGCUCAUUUCAAAUUAAUAUGUUCAUGGGAAACUUUUUCAAUCAAUAGUUUCGCUUGACUAGAUUAAAAUUUGUGUUUAGUGCGCAUGAUCUGUGAAAUAUCAUUAUCAUUACUGUUAUAAUUGCGAUUAUUAUUACUAUGGUUAAUAUUAUAUUUUUCAUUGUCAUCAUAAUUAAUAUCAUUGCUACUGAAUUACUAUUAUUUUACACAAACGUUACACGGCAAUCUCAUCUGCAAUCUUGACUUAUACAAUGGGUGUUUUUGCUAUGAUUUAAUUUUUUUUCUGCUAGUAUCUUUAGAAUAGUUCAAAAAUUAAAAGUCUAGAUUAUCAUGAUCAUCGGUGUAAUGUUAUUAUACGACUUAUAUUAUCAUAGUUAUCGUUGUUAUUACUAUUAUAAUUAUUCUUAUUUUUAUUCUUAUUGAAAUAUUAUUACUUAUUGUCAUUAUUUUUAUGAACAUUAGUAUACCAUUGAUACAAUUGUUAGUGCUAAAAAAAAUAGUAGUUAUAUAAUGCUUUGAUCAUAUUGUUAUAAUUAUUAUUACUAUUGUCAUCAUUAUUAUUAUUAUUAUAAUUGUUGAUGGUAUAAUUUAUAUAGUGGUGUGCGAAUUUUGAUAAGGUAAAUCGAACUUAUAACAUAAUAUAGAGCAUGGCACGGUUCUUUAUUUUUGAUUUACAUUUUUUUUUAAUUUUUUUGUCUCCAUACAUGUAUGAUUGUUUUUCAAAAAGCCACUCUAUAGAUAUAUACAUACCUAUGUAUGUACCCUGAACAUAGAUAAGAAAAAAGAAUCACAGUCAGUUUUGAAAUUUGUGAAUCAUUGGUGGAUCGUGUUUAUCAUUAUAGUAGUUCCAUUAAUGAUUAUUGUUAUUUUAUAUUCGUCCGGCAAAUUUACUUGGGAGUAUGUUUUUUCGAUUCUGAUCUUUUUUCUUUUCCAUCCGUAUAUCAAGUCCGAUAAAAUCUACGGAGAUUAAGUUUUGAUUGAAGAGUCGAAGUUCUUUAGUUAAUUUUUGUUUCUCUUUUUAACUCUUUGCACAUACGUAUACUUAGUUUUUAUUAUAGAAAAUAUGCGUACCUACGUAUACAUAUUAUAUAUAUAUACAUAUAAAAUUUGGAAAUAACGAGGUGCAAUUCAAUUUGUUUGCUCUUGCCCUUAAGUAUGGCAUUGUGUAAUAUAUAUAUAUAUAUAUAAGUAUAUAAUAUAUAUGCUAGAGUAUGUGAAACAUACCACUGUAUGGCGUACGUAUACAAUUACAUGCAUAAAAUAAUUCGACGACAAUAAACGAUGAUUGAGUAUAAAUUAAAAGUUAUACCUAGAUAUAUUAGCGGUAGGAAUGAAAAAGAGUAAACAGAAAGAAAUGGAAAAAUAAAGAAAAUUCUAAUGAUUUGAACCGUUGAAUUUUCCGAAUCCGCGACUGAGAAUAAAAGCAGAGGAUCUUAGAUGCAACGAAUAAUAUAUCAUUAUAUGCUCAAUGCAGUUUAUUUAAAAAGCAACAAUUAUAGUAAAAAAACAAAGGAAACAACACAAUUCGGUGACAACAAUUUUAGCCCGAUUUGAAGUAUAAAUUCCAUCAGGCUACUAUUGAAGACCUGCAUACAAACACAUAUAUACACGCACGUACGUGCAACACGUAAAAGAAAAAACACUCUUAUUUAUGAAGGUAAAUAGUUUCUUGUGGAAUAUAUUGUAAAUAUAUGAAAAUAUAUAAGUAUCCAGUGAAA